CCCACCUCCAGGCUCACUCACUCUCUCUCUCUACCUCGCUUGCGCUGCUUAUUCAAAGCUGUUGUUAACUGCUGCUCCGCUCCAGCUCAUUUUACUCCACACAGCUUGCUAGUGAUGGAAGGAGGAGGGAUGCUAGGCGUUAACGUGCUGGCCGCAGGAAAGUCCAGCUUUGGACAGCAACUGCUGGGACGGUCCCUGAUUUUUGGUUGAUUUGCUUCCGAUCUGUAUUAGCCCUCAUCCUGGGAAAGCGGUCAAGUGCAGCCAUGGAGAGUUAAGUCCAAAUAUUGGGAUUUGGAAUCACGCUAGCGAUAAGGGAUUGGGGACCUCACCUGGAUCUACAGAGGGCUUCAUUAUUAGUUUCUUGUCCGGACAGCUGUAUGGAUGUGUUCGGAUUCUCGAAAAUGGCUAAACUGUCAGGCCACAAGAACAAAUCAGCAGGCUGGCCUCCUCCCACGGGCAGCUGGGCCGGGCUGCAGGGAGCGCCCUAUGGAUGGGACAUGGGCUCCACACGGGACAGCAGGGACUGCUUCAGCAAUCAUGUGUCUCAGAGCAGUUCUCUGGAGGAGGUACGUCUGGACGGGGGUCAGCUGCUUCCCCCGGCUCCUCGGCGGGUGGAGAUGAGGAGAGACCCUGUUCUUGGCUUCGGCUUUGUGGCGGGCAGUGAGAAGCCAGUGGUGGUUCGCUCUGUCACUCCAGGUGGUCCAUCAGAAGGAAAACUGAUCCCAGGAGAUGAGAUCAUAAUGAUAAACGAUGAAGCUGUCGCCUCAGCGCCUAGAGAGCGGGUCAUUGACCUUGUCAGAAACUGUAAGGAGUCCAUCCUCUUGACUGUUGUCCAACCUUACCCAUCCCCCAAAUCAGCCUUUAUCAGUGCAGCCAAAAAAGCCAAGUUGAAGUCAAAUCCAGUCAAAGUGCGCUUUGCCGAAGAGGUCAUCAUCAAUGGACAGGUUCCGGACACUGUGAAGGACAACUCGCUGCUCUUCAUGCCAAAUGUUCUGAAGGUGUAUUUGGAGAACGGGCAGACCAAGUCAUUUCGCUUCGACAACAACACGUCCAUCAAGGAUGUCAUUAUGACGCUGCAAGAGAAGCUGUCCAUCAAGUGCAUUGAGCAUUUCUCCCUGAUGCUGGAACAGAGGUCAGAAGGCUCAGGCAGCAGGCUGCUACUCCUGCAUGAGCAGGAAAUGCUAACUCAGGUUACGCAGAGGCCAGGUUCACACAAGAUGAAAUGCUUUUUCAGAAUCAGCUUCGUUCCAAAGGAUCCAGUCGACCUUCUUAGAAGGGAUGUGGUAGCUUUCGAAUACCUCUAUGUCCAGAGCUGUAAUGAUGUGGUUCUGGAGCGCUUCGGCUCCGAGCUGAAGUAUGAUGCUGCUCUUCGUCUCGCUGCUCUGCAGAUGUACAUCCUCACCCUCAGCACCCGGCCGACCCAGAAGGUUUCACUGAAGUACAUACAGAAGCAGUGGGGUUUGGAACUUUUCCUGCCUCCAUCAGUGCUCUCCAGCAUGAAGGAGAAGAACAUCAAGAAAGCCCUGACUCACAUCCUGAAAACCAAUCAGAAUCUAGUGCCUCCAGGGAAGAAGUUGACCAUUUUGCAAGCGAAGGUUCACUAUUUAAAGUAUCUCAGUGAAUUAAGAUUAUAUGGAGGAAGGGUAUUCAAAUCUAUCUUACUGCAAGGGGAAAAGCAAACGGAAGUUACAUUACUUGUAGGACCGAGGUACGGUAUCAGUCAUGUCAUAAAUGCCAAGACCAAUCUAGUGGCCCUGCUGGCAGACUUCAGUCACGUUAAUCGCAUUGAGAUACUCACAGAGGAUGAAAUCAAUGUGCGAGUAGAGCUACAUGUCUUGGAUGUCAAGCCCAUCACAUUAAUAAUGGAGUCCAGUGAUGCCAUGAACCUGGCUUGCCUAACAGCUGGAUACUACCGGCUUCUAGUGGACUCACGUCGCUCCAUCUUCAAUAUGUCCCACAGCAAUAGCACAGGAGAAAUGGAAAGUGGUCAGGAUCCUAGAGAACUUGAGUGGCCAUACAGCACCUCUUUGGGCACCUGUGAGGAUGCUAACCUUCAAUCAAGCAUGAAUUUAUCUUAUCAGGCUGAAUGUGAUUACCCACAGGACAGAGCAGGAGAGAACAGCAUGACCUCUCCUUAUGCCCUAGAGCCCCAACUACCCCAGUAUCCAAUCCAAAGUGGAGAGAGAUCACCAGUCAGGAGCAGAAGCCCCCAACCCCCACCUCUACCCCCUGCCAGGCAUCGACCCCAAGACUCUCCCAGGAGUGCAAAGGUGUCCUUCAUAUUCGGAGAUCCACCUUUGCACAGUGUAAACCCUCAGAAUCUUGGCUACCAGCGCCUAAUGGAUGAGAGUCCUGAGGUACCUGAACGGCCUGCUUUCAUGCAUAACAAUGUGGGCUUUAGGACUCCAGAUGGAGCAUCUUUUCAAAUCAGGCCCAAUGUAGUCUAUAGCAACAUUGGUGAAGGGAAAAUAUUUGACAGUGCUGAAGGUAUUGAGGAACCUCUCUUGCGUGAUUUAUGCUAUGCUGAGACUACUGAUGAUGCAGAGGAUGAGGAUGAAGCUAGCGGUGAAGAGGACACAGCUGCAACACCUGGAGAUGGUGAAACAGGACUGCCAGCAAGUAAAGCAACAUUCCUUACCCUGUCUGGCUCUAGUGACGACAUCAUAGACCUGACUUCCCUUCCACCACCAGAGGGAGAUGAUGAUGAGGACGAAAACGAUGCAGUCCUUCACUCCCUCAACAUGGCCAUUGCGGCUCCUCCUCCUGGAUUUAGGGACAGUUCGGAUGAGGAGGGCACAGAGGGCAAAAGCCAGCCGCAAGGUUCCUGUGAUAGUAACAGUAUUCCUGUGUCCCUGAUUGAUGCUGUCCCCACACAUGGGGAGGGCAGUAGUGUCAGGAACUUGGAUCAUGCUGUUGUGGACACACUACAAGCACUAGAAGCACUUGCUGUAUCUGAGGACAACAACCAAACUCAGUCUAACAACAGUGCAGGUAAUGGCAUAUCACGAGCUUUCAGUCCAGAGUCCUCAUCAGAUUCAGGAAAUGAGACCAACUCCUCUGAGAUGACUGAGAGUUCAGAACAGGCUGCAGCCCAUAGGCUUUCUGAGAAUUCCAUGCGUCUUUUGGUGGCCACCACUGAGGGUUACCAGCCCCUUCAGGAGGAGAAAACAGAAUUCCCUGUCUCCCCUUGCACUAGAGGGCCCAUUCCAAAGCCACCACGCAGUCCCUCUCGCCAUAAAGAAGUGCAGACUCAGUCUGCAACAGUGCCUUUAAAGCAUAAUCUACCUUCUUCUGAUAAUCUAGAGAUGGAGCCAGAGACAAUGGAAGAUAAGUCCUUGAGUAAUUACAUGGUCAAAGCACACUCAAGCACACUUUUGAGCACUGGCAAGAGAUCUAAAGCAACAACAAGUGGAGGAAAACGACACAAGAAAGUUACAGAUGCCCCAGGAAAAUAUAACACCUUCAGUGGAAGAGAAAGUAGUAGAAGGAGUCAAUUUGAUGUUGAACGGACCUCAUUCUGUGAAAGGAUUCAGGGGCGCCAACCACUGUUAGAAAAUGAACCCAUGGAAAAUCAGCAUGAAGAACCUGUUGGCUCAGGAGAGAACCUCACUCGCAGUAACAGUACCAUCUUGAUUGGCCAGGUGGAGCACCAGUCCAAUGCAGUCCCUCUAUCCCCAGUGAAGAAGUCUCAGGAUCCUGGACAGACUGAAUUCCAUAAGGAGGAUCAACAGGUCCAUCCACCACUACGACAGGGUGUGGCACGGUUGUGUGAGUACCACCUGGCCAAGCGAAUCUCUUCUCUGCAAAGUGAAGCUCAGAAUUCCCUGCAGAGCUCCCAGUGCUCUUCUCUGGAUGCUGGCUGCAGCACAGGGAGUAGUGCUUGUGCAACACCAAUGGACUCGCCACUUUGUGCUCCUGACUGUAAGCACCCUCUCUCUGAAUCUUCCUCCUCUCUCCUGCUCGCAUCAAGGGACCUCCACCCUCAUGCAGACCCCGCUCUCCUGAGGAAGAUGCUACCAAAUGUACAUCCUCCUGGAUCCGAUCCAUCCCUCAAUGCCCGGCCAUCAAAAAUCAAAGAAACCACAGGUACAGCUCGAAGGAGUAACCUUCUCAGUGAUCUGCAUGCAAAACAUGGCAGUAUAAGAAGUCUUAACACAAAGGAGGGGAGUGAGGCUUAUAGGCAGUUGAUAAACUAUCUGACAGUCAGCCAGAUGCAUCAGGGAGGCAAGCUGCAUAGGGCAGGACUGGGGGGAGGCAAAAAGGACAGCAGAAGGCAUAUCACAAACAAUCCUCUCCUUUUAGAGCUUGUUAGAAGUAAAGGGAACAUUACUGGCAGAUGUCCCUGCAUGCCACCCUCAUCCUCACCUGUUCUCAGCCCAAAGCUAGUGCACCCCAGUGCAGCCUCUAUAAGAGCGAACAGAGGCCCCCAAAUGUACCACUCGGCCACCUUACCUGCUAAAUUGAAGAGGAGUCCUGACUUGCAUGCUCAGAGACCCGCAAGCAGCCUUGAAAUAAGGCCCAGUCUCUCUGAAAGGAGAAGUUCAUUUUCCGGCCUCGAGUGUGAGUUAGAGCAAAGUUUUAACCCCGAUCGGUUCCUUUCUCUGAAUAGGAAUCGCAGCGGAGGCAUACCCCAUGUCAGCACAGAGGACUGGCACAAGUCUGACUGCAGGAUGACGCAUGCCGCUCAACAGACGCCUAAUGAUUCUCUUUGUCUCUCUAACACCCCUAGUGUAGCUCGCACAGAACAUCCUGGAAUGCAGCUGGGAGGAGGAGGAGACCCGCCUGCUAUUUUACCAAGGCACAUCAGGACCUGUGCCAGCUCUCCACCCCCUCCACCACCGCCACCGCCACCACCACCACCACCACCUCCUCUGCCUCCAUCAAGUCUCUCAAUGAACACCAGCUACAGCGUGUCAAAGCAAGAGCCAGUUGUCCCUCUUAGACAGAACCAUGUCCAUAUGACGUCUCAAGGGUUCCAUCAGUAUGACACCAACUCCAAUAGUCUGUGGCAGGGAAGGGAACUUAGAAGAAGUUCCAGUAGUAUAACUACUGGCUCUGGAAAUAUUGAAGCACUCUUUGAAAAAACAAGGGCAACAUCAGUGGGACGAAUCCAGCAGGGGAAUUUCCAACCAACUGAGCCACAACUGCAGAGAAGACCUACCAAAAAGAAGCUAUCGAAAAGCUACUCCCAAGGUUCCAUGGCUUCCCAGUCAACCUGUUGGUCUAUGGGCAGUAGGGACAGCAGGAGAGCCUCAAUCAUGCUUCCGCUACAGAAGGAUGGCAAGCAGAUGAAAAACACACAGAAGCUGGAUUCCAGUCCCUGGAGAUGCAAUGGUCCAUUCAGUUAUUGCUUCUUUAAAAGGAAAAACCAGACAGAGGAUGAUGACGGAGAUGUGGAAGGCUUAAGAAGGCACCGUGGUGACUUAGAUGAAGCCGGUCCUUCCCAGUAUAACCCCAAUCCUGUUCUGGACAGUACAGGAGAGCAGCUGUAUGGUGAAGUUCUGAACAACAUGAGCUUUGGAGACAGACUGGCCCGUAUAAAUGCACUGAAAGACCGCAUGUAUGUCUUCCCUGCUGGUUUCUCUGAUGUUAGGAGAGACGCAUCUGAGCUGAUUGCUCUGGUGCGCUCUAGCGUGGGCAGAGGCGACAGAGGUACCCCACCUAUGCAGGCGCAGGAGCUGGUCCAAUAUAAGCAGCUGCUAGCAAUCGAGUCUAAAGAACUUGGACGAGCAUGCCGGAGGAUGGCGCAAGCACACGGGAGCCCAGAGGAGAUGUUGUUGGCGGUCACUUGCAGUUUCCAGGUGCUUUGCUGCUUAUCUGAGGUCUGCAUGUGCUUGGUCCGUGGCCUGGGAGUGUCAGCCACCCAGCAGCAGCGUGAGGUUGUUGCCAAGAUUGAUGAGGUUGUCAUGAACUAUAUCUGCUUGCUCCGUGCAGCAGAGGCAGCCUCAGGCAGUCCCCCUGGGGACCACAGCGUUAAAGCACUUGCUCGCCACUCCAGCACCAUGUCAGCUAUCGCCAACACCCUCACACGCUCCCUUAAAACACUGCUCAGCAAGUAGGCCUCAUCUGGUGUUCUUGAGUCAGUCUCUUAUUUGCAAAGCCAUACAUGGACACAUGGGUUGAGGAAUGACCCAAAAUAAUCUACUGUAAUGAAUAAUCCUGUGGU